UUUGACAGAUGUAAACAGAAGAAAACAGAUCGACUUUAGCAACGCUUCGUUUAUGUGAGAAGAUGCCGAUUUUAUUUUUGUGUACAAGCAAAGUUUCUUUUUUCAACCCUUUUUUGAACUGACCUCUUGGUGGCGACGAUGGAUAAAAGCUUUGAUAUGAAGAUGGACGAAGAUAUCGCUGAUGAUGGCUGGGGUAGACAUAGAGACGACGAGAUGGAACACACCGACGAACCCAUGGAAAAUCCACAGGAAGUCAUUGACGAAUGCCUAUCGAAAUUUUGCACACCCGAUUAUAUUAUGGAACCCGGCAUUUUUACACAGCUCAAAAGAUACUUCCAAGCUGGUGGCACACCCGAGCAAGUCAUCAAUCAGCUGUCACAAAACUACACAGCUGUCGCGCAAAUGGCAAAUUUGCUGGCCGAGUGGUUAAUUUUAGCGGGUGUUUGCGUUACAGACGUACAGGCCAUGGUUGAAAAUCACUUGAAAGACAUGAUUUUACGCACAUUCGAUCCAAAAAAAGCCGAUACCAUCUUCACGGAAGAGGGAGAGACACCAGCCUGGUUGACUGAAAUGAUAGACCAUCACACAUGGCGUUCGCUAAUUUAUCGUUUAGCUGAAGAGUAUCCCGACUGUUUGAUGCUGAACUUCACCAUCAAAUUGAUAUCCGAUGCUGGUUAUCAGAGUGAAAUCACUUCCAUAUCAACAGCCGCCCAACAAAUUGAAGUCUAUUCGCGCGUACUGAAAACAUCUAUCAUCAAAUUCCUCACAAAUCUAGAUGAUGUCCAAAAAAACAUCGAAGAAUGCGCGAGAAUGGUGUGUCAUGGACAACACACAUAUGUUUACAGUCAAGUGUUGGUUCAAGUGCUGUCUCAGGAGCCAAAAGGCGGAUUCAACAUGAAGCGUUUAUCUCAGGAAAUUACCAAAUAUGCACUUCAAAAUAAUCACAAUGUGACACCAAUUACGAUGACGCUGAAUGGAUCGGCCGCAUAUCCACAAGCGUGUCAAGCGCUAUCAUCAAUGCUAUCGCGAAAUACACUAAAUCCAGCGGACAUAACUGUUCUCUUUCGAAACUAUUCAACGUCUGAUCCACCGCCCAUUGAUUUGAUUCGAAAUCCGCAAUUCCUCGAUCUACUUGUCGAUUCACUCUUCCGUACCGGUGUUAAAAUCAAUCCAGAACACAAAAGCAAAUACAUUUACCUGUUGGCAUACGCGGCCAGCGUUUCCGAAACAUUCACGAAAAAGGCGAACAAACGUAAUAUCAACAAAGAUGAAUUGAAGGGCACGAUGCAAGCCAUUGAAAAGGUGCAUGGAAUUUGCAACGUUAACCUGGGAUCGACUGAAUUGAUUGCCGAACUUCAAACGCUGUAUGAAUGCAUUCGUUUCCCGGUUGUUGGUGUUGGUGUUAUUCGUUGGGUUGAAAACACUGUCACUGAAUCAUCGUAUUUCAAACUGUCCACCGAUAGUUGUCCCAUGCAUUUAGCCAUCCUCGAUGAAGUGGCCAAUGUACAUCCAUCACUACAUCAGCAAAUAUUAAAGUUGCUCAUCAAAUUAUUUGAAUCGAAGCAGGAUGAAUUGGAAAUUUUGGUGCAGUUGGAAUUGCGAAAAAUGCUUUUGGAUCGUAUGAUAAAUCUGUUGACAAGAGGCUGUGUGGUGCCUGUCGUCAAGUAUAUUAAACAAUGCUGUCAAAAGGGCGACACUGACACAUCGCUCAUUCGAUAUUUUGUAACCGAGGUACUCGAAACGAUAACGCAUCCCUAUUCGCCGGAGUUUGUGCAACUGUUUCUGCCAAUGGUUGAAAAUGAGGAAAUCAUGGGCUCAAUGAGAGGCGAGGGUGAUAACGAUCCCGUCUCCGAAUUUAUUGUUCAUUGCAAGGCCCACUACAUGACAGUGUAGUUUUCGGUUCCACCAACAAUAAAACCACUUCCAGAUUCAUUUAGUAGUAUGACAUUUUCCAUUAUUGUAUACUUUAUUUUGUCGAAAUGAUAAUAAACAAACAAAGACGACAGAUUUUAGUUUCGGCUGCCAUUCAAUUUGUUCCGAAAUGAAUGAAAGAAAUAAAAUCACUUAUAUCACUUAUGCAUAAA